AUAUUCACAAUAAAUUCAGGCGGACAAUUAUAUCCAUCUUUUAAUUUUCCUGUAAAGCCACGAACAAAAGUCGCAUACUUUAUAAGAAAUACUAUUCCCAUUAAUUUGACGGAUGACAAUAUGCUAGACUCCCUUAUGAUUGGAGACCUGUUGCCAAAUCCUCUAGCCAAUCUUUCUGUGUUAUGUGAUGAGGUGUUUUUCCCACUUCUAAAUAAUACUGUGAACCAGGUAGGCUGGACUAGCGUUAUUGCCAAUGAUAUGAAAACGGAAUCGCAGGAGAUGCGUAAUGGAAUAGCUCAAAUGAAAGGACUUGUAAUAAAUCGAACAAUUUUUCCUUUGCCAAUCUGUAUGGAUGAAGUUAUGCAGGCCGCACCUGCCAUUGCAACUGGGUUUGUAUAUCCCUUUUUAUUUUCAAUAUAGCUAUAUGCUUAGGUCCGACCCCGUACAAGAGCAUAUGUCGAACUACA